UAAGGAUAUAAACCCCUGGCUGAGAGAGAGCUGCUAACAGAGGCAUCAGCAAGAAGCAACUUGAAACUUGCAGAAGGGCUGGCUGAAUCCUACUUGCAUCCCUCUACAUCUAGCUUUGCACCUGUUCCUACCUCCUUUUGACAAUGGUGGCCUCUCUGAAGCCCUGGCCUCUUGUGAUCGCCGUGACCCUGUGCGUCCUGUUCUGCCUGGGGACCUUAGUGGAUGCCUACCCUCCCAAGCCGGAGAGUCCCGGAGAAGAUGCUUCCCCAGAAGAGAUGGCCAAAUACUUCUCAGCUCUCCGGCAUUACAUCAACUUGGUGACACGGCAGAGGUAUGGCAAGAGAUCCAGUCCAGAGAGCUUGAUGUCUGAACUCAUUUUCGGAGACAGCAGCAGCAGCAGUAGCAGCAACAGUGACCACAACAUGAGAUCACGAUUUGAUGAUUCCUAUGGGUGGUGACGACCUUCGCACACCUCGGCCGAUGGCCCGCCGGCUGCCACUUUUUAGACGUUCCAAUUCUGUGGUGUCGUUUUGCGGUUAUUUUAUUUUAAAGAAAAACAAUCAACCCGUGACGAGAGCCGAAACUUUUCUUUGAAGAGACCCUCUCCUCUCCCCCACUUCGAUUUUCUCCACCUGGUAUUCGUGAGGCUUGGGGAAUCAUUUCCCCUCCCCAGACAACACUACAACCAAGCCAUGCCUCCGUCUUUCCAUAAGCCAGCAGGGGGCGACACAAGAGAUCUUCGUGUCUGGGGACAAGGCGGGGGUGGGGGUGGGCUGCCUUUGUGGUGACCUAGGUUGUAUUCGUAGUGACGUCUGUGUUGACUCACCAGUGCAAGAGCCUACUAUGUCUGCUCUGGGUUGAUCUUUUAUUUUAUACACCAUUUGUGCGCGCGUGUGUAUGUGUGGUUAUGGGUGAAUGUAUGUAAAUGUAUGCAUUUUCAAUGAAUUUUUCUCUGCAUCCACAAUAAAAAGCAAGUUUAAUGGAGAA